AUGAGGGGUCUCUUAAUCUCCUCUUCCGUCCUGCUGACACUGUUUAUCACAAACAUUGUGUAUGAAUACAUUCAUACAUUUAACGCGCGAAAAUUGAAGCACAAAAAAGAUGCAAAAAACGGAAAUCUUUUGGAGUUUUUUUUGCACAUUCAAAUUCUGAAGGAUAUAAUAAUAACGUCGAUAUUUAAUUUCUUCAUAAAAGUGAAGUUGUUUUUUCACUGCGUGGUAAGAUAUAUCUUUUUUAACAGAAAAAGAUACAUCCCAACGGGUAGCCAAGAUGAGAAAAAUGUAGGUGCAGACAAACAUUCCGUCCGUGGGGACAACCACUCUGUCGGUGAGGACAGCCAUUACGUCGAUGCACAGAACGAGGGAGAUUACAACAAAAGGCAAAAUGUUCAAGUGAAGACAAUUUACUUUAUAAGACAUAGCGAAUCCGUUUGGAAUAGCGUCUUUAACAAAAGACUCACAACAAAGACGUUUAUAAAUUUGUGCCUAGUCUUCUUGUACGAAAUUUUCUUCUUCUUUAGUAAGAAAUCGGUGCUCGUAGAUUCCCCACUUAGUAACGCAGGAAUUAUUCAGUCCAUCGAAUUAUCAAACUUUUUGCAGCAGGAAAAAAGUGCAACGAAAAAUGGAGAUAAACUUUGCGUAGUUCCGAUAAGCCCACUGGAUAAGGAAGACGAGCAGACGCGCGUUGACGAAAAUGAGGACAUCGAAAUGGCAGACCUGAAUAAACAAGUGGAGGACAGCGCAGAUGAUUAUGAUGCGGAGGAGGACUAUAAUGACAAUGCCAAUGCGGACUCUGCAUAUAAGAUUACUGCAGAGGAUGGCCCUGUUGUCGAUUAUGUACAUGCAGGAGAUGGAAGGACAGGAAAUAGUACGGGGCAAGUUCUAAGGAGAAGAGGACGUGGUCAAGAUGCCGACGCAAGCGCAAAUACAAGUACAAACGGAGGCACAUACCAAGAUGGAAAUGCAUAUACUGAUCACGAAUCGAUGAUGCACCCAAGUGACGCCCACGUGGAGGAUAAUUAUCUUAAUAAUCAAGAGGACCGUCGAAAUGACCUCCAAGUGAAUAGGAACAAUUACUACGAAAAGUACAACCCUAAGGAAAUCAUAAACCAAAGUGUUAAGGAUCAUAUUGACAUCCUCAACAACAGUGUAAAAUAUCCAAGUGCCAUUUUGUGCUCAGAUUUAAGAAGGGCAAUGUCAAGCUGCUUUAUAGCCCUCUACAACAGGAUAAAUAAAAAUAACGAACAAAUCCAAGUACUUAAUUCACUACAAGAAAUUAGCAGAAAUCCAGACUGCGUUUCGCUUUUCGAUUUUCACGACAAUAAAUAUAUCAGCACAGAUGUUGAAAAUUUUGUACACAAAGAUGUAGAAAAAAGUUGUGUAAAAAAUCUACGAAUUAAGAGAAAUUUUGUAAAUGACAAAUUUUUUGAUACCCUCUCGUACAUUUUUAAUAAUGACAAGAAUAUCUUUAUCAUAUUUGGCCACAGCCUGUGGUUCCUCCUUUUUUUCAAGAACUUCCUGAAGCAGGCGCACAAAGCUAAAACGCACAAAAUGCAAAACUCCGGGAUCGUUGUUUUUAAUAUAAUUAAGUAUGACCAGGAUAAUAAAGUCAAUUACGAAAUUGAGAAGGACAGCGUGCGUGUCCUGUAUAAGGGAUUUCUCGACAAUGAGUACAAGAAGUUUGACUAG